AUGGCUCUCCUCAAGAGUCUUUUUGUAGUUUUUACUAUUUCCACGUCGGUAAUAGCGUCGCCAUACGGCAUACCUACUACGACAAUAAAGGAGAAGCUUUCUGCGCCUCCAGUAGGUUGGGUGCACGAUGUUGCCCACAAGAUUGACAAAGAUGCUGCGUUAAUCAAGCUGAGAAUCAAUUUGGUGGAGCAGAACAUGGACAAGUUCCAUGAGACAGUCAUUAGAAUAUCAACUCCAGGUGAUAAGAUGUAUGGAAACCAUCUGGCCCAGCAUGAGAUUGAUGCUAUGGUUGCCCCAAAGCAACAGUCUAAGGACCUUGUCAUGGACUGGUUGAACAAGGAGGGAUUGAGGGACAUUGCAGAAUUCUCGCCCAGAUCAGAUUCUGUCGUUAUCGAAGGUAGUCUUCGUCAAAUCGAGAAACUGCUGAAAACAGAAUAUGCUUCAUUCGUUCACUCCGAGACUAAGGACAGGGUUGUGCGGACGCUCGAAUACAGCCUCCCAGACUUUCUCAACGGGCACGUCAGCAUGGUUCAGCCAACCACUUUCUUCGGCCUGCGAGAAUUGAGAUCUACUAUCAGCGAGGUAAAGCCAAUCAUAAACUUCAAUGUUGCAGAAUUGGAAGGGGCAAAUGCAGUUGCCGCUGUUCCGGGAUGCUCAGGAUCAAGCAUUACACCAACCUGUCUUGCGAAUCUCUACAGUUUCGCGGGUGCGGCAAACCAGACCCUCGGGAAAAUGGGCAUUGCUGGCUUUUUAAAGCAACACCCCGUCAAGUCCGAUCUCACAACGUUCAUGAACAAAUACGCUUAUUUUGCCAACAAGAAGGAGACCUACACUUGCGAACUGCUCAAUGGAGGCACUUGCCCGACCACCGAUGUAACAAACAACAUUGUCGAAGCUAACCUUGAUGUCCAAUACGCCAGAGCUAUCACUUCAGGAAUUCCUAAUGUUUAUUACAGCGCAGGCGGAAAUGGACCAUAUCUCGGCAGUGGAGAGAACACGAACGAGCCGUGGUUGGAAUGGCUAAACUACAUGCUCGCAUUACCUGACACAUCACUCCCACAAACCGUUUCAAUCUCUUACGGAGACGAUACCGCAUCACUACCCACAGAAUAUAUCCUCAACACUUGUAACCUCUUUGCGAAGCUAGGCGCACGAGGUGUCUCCGUGCUCGUAGCCUCAGGAGAUUCAGGCGUAGGAAGCUCCUGCACCGUCGGCGGAAAGAAACAGUUCACGACUAUCUUCCCUGGAGCCUGUCCAUUCGUCACAACAGUCGGUGGAACAACCGGUACCUCACCAGAAGGCGCAUGGUCUGGCGGCGGUGGCGGAUUUUCCGAGAUCUUCGCUCGUCCAUCUUACCAGAAUGCUACCGUCAACAAGUGGCUUGCCACCGACACCACACAUAACAGCGUGUCUCCAUACUUCAACAGCACUGGUCGUGCUUACCCUGAUGUUUCUGCUCAAGCAACGAAUUUCCUCGUUGUAUUGCUCGGCAGCGCGUCUGGUGUGAGCGGAACUAGUGCUGCCACACCAGCAUUUGCGAGCGUGAUUCAGUUAAUCAAUAGUGGCAGACUUGCUGCUGGUAAGAAGGGAUUGGGCUUUUUGAAUCCUUGGUUGUAUGGUGUUGCUGCGGGUGCAACGAAUGAUAUUUCUGCGGGGAAGAUUGGUGGGUGUAGUGGUAGUAUCUCUGGUGCUGGCUUCUCUGCUGUUUCUGGAUGGGAUCCGGCGACUGGACUCGGCACGCCGAAUUACGUGAAAUUAUUGGCCGUGUCUAAUACCACACCUUGA